GCAGAGCAGGAUGCUCGCGCAUGUAUACGUAAAGGUGAUAAGAACCAUGCUGCACACCAUUUGCGGCAGAAGAAGCGGGCUCUUAGAGAAGUGGAAUCGAAAGAUAAUCAGUACCAGCGACUUCUGGAAAUGAUGCAACAGCUAGGGCAAACCAAACAGAAUAAGCAAAUUUUGGACGCUUACAAAGCUGGUGCAAACGCAUUCAAGGCAACUCUACAAAGGCAAGGCAUUUCUCCAGAGCAGGUUGACGAAACGAUGGACAGCAUUAGCGAUGCGAUGGCAACUGCUGAAGAGAUUCAGGAUGCGAUUACAGCCGGUGCACCGCAGAUUGACUCCGAUGAGCUCAGUAAAGACCUCGAAGCUGAACUGGACGCUAUCCUUGCUGAUGACACAAAAGCGGACGUUAGCACUUUGCCCGAAGUUCCGAAAGAACAGCUGGAAGCAGAGGAAGCAGAGACAAUUGCGACACGUUUGAAAAGACUACGGGAAGCAGCUUAG